GAAUACGCCUUUCUUUUCUUUCUGGCCGGUGGAUUGUUGCUGUAACUGCAAGCGUAAAAGCGCUAUGCGUCAUUUCCUGUUCAGGACGGAGUGUCAAAAAAUAAGAUGGAGGUCAAAAACAAUCUUUCGGGUCUAGACUCUCGCCUGCAAGAGCUCGAGAAACGCAUUUAUGGAGAAAGAGGAGGAAACAACAAUAAGCCAGUGAAGUGUGCUGAAUCACUCACAAAGAUCAGUACUGCUCUUGCAAACACAGCUAACAAGAGAGAACGGGUCAAGAUCCUUCACAAGAAAAUUGAGGAUUUGCUGAAGUAUUUGGACCCUCAGUUUACAGAUUUUAUAGCUGUGCCAGAUGCAAUGAAAUUUGAAUUUAUUAUAGCAGAGGAAGAGUUUUUGCGUUCACAAGCUGCAUUACUGGAACAGGUGCACAAUCUGCAACCUCUUCUGGACAGUAACCACAUAAAGGUGGUUCCAGAGCUUACCACUAAAGUACAGCGGCUAUCACAAAUCCACAUUCAACAGCAGGAUCAGAAUGAAGAAUUGUCCUCUGAAGUAAAAAAGCUUUUCGAAGAGUACAACAAAAUGGUAUCCUUAAUUACAGUGAAAGAUGUUUCUUUUAUCCAAACAGUUUGCUCAGUGGGAUGAAACCCUUCGAACACUGGAAGGAUCAAAGCAAGGCCGGCAGAUAGAUUAGUAAUGCUUUGAUGUUUCAUUAAAAAAUGUUGAGCUGUCUGUUUAUGAUUCAUAAUAAAAACAACAACACUGUCAUUCAUUCCUAAUCAUACUUUGUUGUAUUGAAUUAAAAAUAUGGUUGUUAUACUGCGCUAUAAAGAAAUACAUGCUUGUGUAUGUAUAGAAACUAGUUCCUCUUGUAUAGGUGCUUGAAAGAUAUAUUCAACCUGAUCUCUCAUGAGCCACACAUUUUCUUAACUUGCUUAUUUGUUCUUAUUUAUUCCUGCAGUUAUGUUUUUUUUUUGAGGGUGGUAUUUUUUUGUUUUUACCAACUUCAGACAAGGUGUCUUAAUAAAAAUGACAAUAAAUAAACCAAAAUGUCAUGCUGUGCUAUCUGAUAUAUUUGUUAUUUUUCAAUAUAUCUAAAAAUAAAUGCCAUUUAUGGUUGGUAAAUUAAUUUUAAACAAUAUACAAUGUUAUUAUGAUAAAUAAAUGAAAUCUGAGUAAUAUACAGACAUGCAAAUGUAAUAACGCAAAAAUGUCAGGGCGCAUA